AUGCCUCUCGCUCUUUGCCACGUCAGCGUUGUCGUCGCCAACAUCGUCGCCAACCUCAUCGACGACAACAUCGCCGACACUCCCCCUUCUCAGCAUCAUCGCCGUCGUCGCCGUCGUCGACGACCCUCCCCACUUGCAGGUACAAUGUCUUUAUCGAGCGAUCAGGUGCGUUUCCUUUUUGGGAUGGUCGUUCGCGAGUUAGUAUAUAUUGGCUUGGUCGUUUCAUCGUUCCAUCUUUUCUUCGUCCCCCACCUCGCUUAUCUUCUCUUAUCGUCGUCUAUCGUCCCCCAUCGCUCUCUACCCUCUUCCACCAUCGACCUUACCUACCUUGAUCCACCUUCGUCUACCAUCACCCAUCCUCACCGACCUUCGCCUAUCCUCAUCGACCUUUACCUACACUCACAAACCCUCACCCACCCUCGUCCACCCUUACCCAUCCUCACCCAUCCCUAA